ACACAUCACAUGACUGUACGAGCACAACGCCUUUAAAUGCGACACUAAAGUGCGGUCUGAGGGAUCUUAGGUUUGGCAGGGACACGCUUUAACACGGUACAGUAACACACUGUACUGUACUGUACUGUAGUAUGUGAAAUAUGCACAUGUCAGCAAAACAACUACUCGCGCCCACAGCUGCUGUUCUGGACGAGAGAAGACUCAUGAGCUGCUGGAUGUAACCUGGCUCCAUGAGUGCUAUGAAUGACUCCCUGGAUGAGACACACACCUCUGGCAGCCUCGGGGAGAAAGCGGCCAUAUUUCGGGGAGCGAGAGGCAGUGGGAACGUCGUCGGGCCAGCCUUCAUCCCAUUGCGCUCGCCCUUGCAGCCACCCAAUGCUGCGGUCUCCACGCUCUUCAAGGGGAAUAGGAAAGGUAGAGAGGUGGAUGAUACACAAAUGGGACCCGUCCCGAAUCCCUUCCCAGAGUUGCUGCCAUCCACCGUCUCUCUAGUGUCUGAGUGUCUGUUACCCUGGACCAAAACCAGUGCGACUCAGGUAAUCAAAGUGUACAGUGAAGACAACACCAGCCGAGCGGUGGAGGUGCCCAGUGACAUCACUGCCCGGGACAUCUGCCAACUGUUCAUCCUGAAGAACCACUGCAUUGAUGACCACAGCUGGACCCUGUUCGAGCAGAUCCCACAUCUGAGUAUCGAGAGAACCAUAGAAGACCAUGAGUCAGUUAUGGAGGUUCAGUCUGGCUGGGGCAUGGACUCACAAUGCUGUCUGUACUUCAGGAAGAAUUAUGCCAAAUACGAGUUCUUCAAGAAGCCUCUUGACUUUUUCCCAGAGCACAUGGUGUCUAUAUCGAGUGAAACCAAUGGAAUCAUGAACCACUCACAACUCAUACAGACCUUCCUCAGUUCCAGUUCUUGUCCUGAGAUUCACGGGUACCUCCACGCCAAAGAGCAUGGCAGGAAAUCAUGGAAGAAGUUCUACUUCGUGUUAAGAAGAUCAGGAUUGUACUUCUCCAACAAGGGCACAUCAAAGGAACCCAGACACUUGCAGUUCAUUGCAGAGUUCGGUGACAGUGACGUCUACACAUUAUUAUCAGCCAGAAAAGUUUACGGCGCCCCGACAGACUACGGCUUCUGUGUGAAGGCAAGCAAGUCAAAUUCUGCACGUGACCUGAAACUGCUCUGUGCGGAUGAUGAGCAAACCAGGACGUGUUGGGUUACAGCCAUGCGCCUCUUCAAGUAUGGCAUGCAGCUUUACCAGAACUUCAUCCAGCCCUAUCAGAAGCAGAAGAGUUCUCCAAUGAGGAGCAUCUCUGAGAACUCGCUGGUGGCCAUGGACUUCUCAGGACACAAGAGUCGGGUGAUAGAGAACCCGUCAGAGGCGCUGUCAGUGGCUGUGGAAGAGGGCCUGUCGUGGAGGAGGAAAAGCUGCCACAGACUGAGCUCUCAUGGUAGUCCAUCCGCCUCUCAGAGCUCCAUGUCCAACAUAGCCAUCCAUGUGGCUCAGCCGUGGUUUCACAGCAAACUGUCCCGGGACGAGGCUCAAAAAUUAAUCACUCAGCAGGGCCUCAUCGAUGGGGUGUUUCUGGUAAGGGACAGCCAAAGUAACCCGAGGACAUUUGUUCUGUCACUGUGCCAUACGCAGAAAAUCAAACACUUUCAGAUUGUACCGGUUGAAGAAAACAGCGAGCUCUUCUACAGUCUGGACGACGGACACACACGCUUCACUGACCUUCUGCAACUAGUUGAGUUUUACCAGCUGAACAGAGGCGUUCUCCCCUGUAAGCUCAAACAUCACUGUGCCCGCAUCACCCUCUGAGGUUUUCUGGACAUCAGUUUGUGCCUUCGACAGGAAACACACACCGACUUUGUCCUGUAUAGUUUCACUGUCCACCCUCUGAUGAGCAUUAGGGUCUGAACUCUGUGUGUUUGAUAUGGAUGAGUAUUACUAAAGGACUUUUGAGGACCCUAAUAUUCACCAAGGGAUGAUCAUCUGUGGUGCGGCAAUGUAUAACGUACUAUAUCCUGAUACAAACACUCUCAGUGUGGAUGAGACCACCUUAUUAAGCUAUCAAUCAAAGCUAAUGUUUAAUGGCAGACCGUCUGGUGUGAACAAACUAAAGUCGGGUGCACAUUGCUACGAUUUUUUCUUGGGUAAAACAUUUCUUUCAGCAUGAAUAAGGUACAAAUUACAACCCCUUAUUUUUUUUACGACAAUUUAUUAUUAUUGUUGUAUUUAUGUAACGUUUAAUGUAAUAGUUAAUGCAUUAAGUUACAUUUAAUAACAAUGAGCAAUGCAUUUGUUGCAGUAUUUAUUAAUCUUUGUCAGUUAAUAAAAUACAGUGGUUCAUUGUUAGCUCAGGUCUAUUAGAUAAUAUUAAAGGGGCUAUAUGUAGAAUUCAGAAACCCUUGUUAUUAGCGACACCGGUGGCCGUUAAGUGAACUGCAGCCAGCAACGAGUAUUUUUAUUUAAUUA